AUGGCAGCCAAGAGUAAUACUGACUCUGAAGAUUUGCAAGGGAAGGGUGCAGAUAAUGGAUUUGCUGAAGAUUUGAAAUGGCUAGGCUUCCAGAGACAUGAAGGGCUAAGACUAGUACCUACGAUCGACGAAGACGUCAAAGGUUCUCUAAUAUUGUUGAAAGAGCCAGAAUCCCUAGCUGGUGAAGAUGCUUUCUCAAGAAGAGAGAGAUUAGCCGAGUUGAUAUUCAAGAAUAAGCACUAUAGGGACAUCUUUGAAGCAUCCAUUUACUAUAAGGACGGCACUGAUGAACAGAACAUGGAUGAAGAAGAUGAAGUUGAAGAAGAAGAGGAGGAGGAUUUUUAUACACCGGCUAGCGGAUCACUGAUUGAUUCUAGGAAAUUUCUGAUACGAUAUUCAUUGAAUAAGGCCAGGGAAAGAUUAAUGAAGGAGUCACAGAGGUUUCAGGAGUUUGAUAUGACCCAAGAGAUUAAGAAAAGGCGACAUUUUGCCAUGAAAACGAAGAAUAUUGAACUUAUGGGAUCUCAAGUGGUAUCAACUAGACCAGUCUCACAGGUAUCCUUGUCUCCCAAUGGUUCUCUUGUGGCAGCGGCAAGCUGGGCAGGUGAUUUAACAAUUCUCAAUAGUCAGACAUUAGAGAUAUUGCAAAAUAAACCUCAAAUCCACAUGGGUAAGAUUGGUGGGAUCCAUUGGAGUCCCACUGGUGAUUUAAUCACUGCAGGUGGUGAAGAAGGGAGUGUAAAACUAUUUGGCUAUAAAUCUAAUACAUUAGAAGAAAUGGCAACGUUGAAUGGUCACGAAAAUAGGGUUACUGACUCCAAGUUCCAUCCUAGCGGAAGAUUUAUUGCUAGCGCAUCUUUCGAUAUGACCUGGAGACUUUGGGAUGUAGAGACACAAGAGGAAUUACUUCUGCAAGAGGGACACGGUAAAGAAUUGUACUCAUUAGGGUUUCAAUGCGAUGGUUCGCUGGUCUGUAGUGGAGGAAUCGAUUGUAAAGGACUUGUGUGGGAUAUAAGGUCCGGUAAACGUGCAAUGUCGUUAUCAGGACACACUAAACCAAUUUAUAGCUUAGAUUGGUCCCCCAAUGGAUAUCAAGUGGCCACAGGUAGUGGUGAUGGUACUAUAAGAAUUUGGGAUUUAAGAAAACCUGAAGAAUACCAAACAAUAUUGGCUCACAAGAGUAUUGUUACCAAAGUCGCAUUCGAGAAAAAUGGAAAUUGUCUAGUGUCUAGCGGCUACGACAAGUCGAUCAAUUUAUAUGGUGCUUACAACUGGGCCCAAUUGACGACUUUACAAGGUCAUAUGGAUAAGAUACUUUGUGUUGAUAUAUCCGAAAAUGCAUCAUCAGUAGUGAGUUGUGGAUGGGAUAGAUCUGUCAAACUAUGGACAAUGCAAAAUUAA